GGAGGAUUGAGCUAUUAUCUUCAAUAGCCAUACGAGCUUGCCAAACUGCUAUAAAAGCCUGUGGUUCGCCUAAAACCGCUAAAUCAGUCACGUAAGUGAUGGAAAUGAUCGACGACUCCGACAAUGACUUCGACUUAGCCAUGAUGGAGCAGAUGCCAUGGCUGGAGACGCCGUUAGAUACUCGUAGGCCCUGCAUCAGGAUCCUUAAGUUGCACAAGGGAACCAACGAUAGUCCGAUUACCUGCAGCUUGCAGGUUGCGGACUUGGAUGAUGACCCAGAGUACGAAAGCCUUUCUUACGUUUGGGGAGAUCCGGCGGAAACCAAGCCCAUCACUGUUAGUGGUGAGACCUUCAAUGCAACAGAGAAUUUGGUCGAUUUCUUGCAUUGCUUAAGGCUCCAAAUCGCCGAUCGGCUCCUCUGGGUUGAUGCUGUUUGCAUUAAUCAACAGGACGAUAAAGAAAAAAUUGUUCAGCUACGAUUGAUGGCCAGAAUCUAUCGUCAAGCAAACGAGGCCCAUAUCUGGUUUGGAUACUUUUCGCACUCAUGGUCCAGUGAAAUUAUAUGCGACUCGGGCAAGUAUAUCCGAGCGCGUGAAAUGACACCACACCAAUGGACUGAGGCAGAACGAAUCUGUCGUGACGAUCUGAGACAUUUUCUAAAAGCGGGCGGCAAACCGGAACAACAACAUGAACUGUUUUAUUCAGAGAAACAAUCCUGUGAAGAACUCCUAUCUCAGACACUGGAUGUACUGGACAGAGCCGCAGAUGGGAUGCAUCUGCACGAGUUCCCAAUAUUCUUCGUCUCUCACAAUGUCAGCAAAGGCGAUCGAUUUGCGAUGAACAGGCAUUGGCUUACGAUUCUUGAUUGCAUACGAUGGUUGCUUUCACGUAGGUGGUGGACUCGAGUAUGGACUCUGCAAGAAGCCGUCUUGCCCAGGGUCGAUUCUUUGAUACAUGCUCAUCCAUACUCAUUCCGCAUUUCAAGGCUGCUGAAUGGCAUUGAUUCCAUGAUAAAGCACCGUCAUGGAUGUUGCAAGGACCUAGGAAGACUCUUUCUUGGAGAGUUUCAGAGCUUUCCGUUUAAUCAGUAUAUUCGAGCUAUCACUCUGCAUGACCAUCGUGAGAGGUUUACAGAACUGGAAUCGCAAUGGCUGACUCUUGAAGAAGCCAUCAGUUCAACCCAGGCGCGGAAAGCUACAGAUCCACGAGAUCAUUUCUUUGGAAUACUAGGUCUGCUACCUCAAGAGUGGCAAGAUAUCUGGAUCCGCGAUUAUGACUACUCAUACACCGCUGCUGAAAUAUUUGGUCAAUGCACCAAGUUACUUUAUACCAAUAGCUACAGUCUUGAAAAGCUCAGUAGUGCAAUCGGUGUCAAAGGAAGCGAGUUUCCGUCAUGGUCUAUCGAUCUCAGCAACCAGCUUCCUAAUGGUGAUAACGACCACCAUCGAUGGGUGCUCUACGAUGCAUCCGGCCAGUCACGCUUCGAAGGGAUUCGGCUCGUGCUUGAACUGGCAGGCCCAAGUCUAGCGAUCAAGGCAAUCCCAAUAGGAACAGUGGGUGCUUGUGCCAGACGCGUGUCUCAUGACAGAUUACAUUCUAAUAUGGUGCUCAGCCACAUAUCUGAAUGGCAGCGGCUCUACGAAGACUACACAGAUCCUCUCAACACUGACAGAUUUUGGAGAGCUGCCUUCAUGGACAGAGAUAUCCAGAGAGAUUGGCUACACAAAAGGAAACAACUUCCUCGGAGAAGACUGGACGAUAUAAAUCGAUGGUGGAGAAGCUGGAACGAAACUGGAGAAAGCCAAGAUCUUGACUUAGAUAAGCAGGCUGGCGACGGUAGCCGUGGAAACUAUCACUAUAGAGCGCUUAAACUCAAUGCCGAGAAACAUCGGUUCUUUUGUACGGCCAAAUGCGAGCCAGCACUCGGACCGCAUGAUGUUCAGCCUUUUGACGAGGUAUACGUACUUGCGGGUUGUCAGGCACCUGCUAUUCUACGACGUGUUAUGAGAGAUGGAAAGGCUGCUUUCUUGUUCGUGGGUCUCUGCUUCGUUGACGGGUGGAUGUACGGAGAGGCCACGUUCGGUCAGCCUGAAUGGCAGACUGCAAUAUUGUACUGAGUCCGACUGCAGGACUUGUAACAAUAUAAUAAGAUUUAAAUUGCCAAUAUUCUGGUGGGUCUCUUAGCCAGCUACUAGACUUUAAGUGGCCACCGUCUAAGUAUUUCUUCGAGGAAGUAGUAGUAGAGGCCGUGGAAGCACAGCUGUCUGUAAAGAUAAGGGACUGUGAGAAGCUGGGCUGGUCUUGACUACUGUUGAAGCUGUAACGUUUUCUUUCCGAUGAUGGAGUGUAGAAUGAGGGACGUUGCCAUGAUCUGCAAGAGCACGGUAUGAUCU